AGACUGGAACAUCUGCGACAAUGGUGCUUUGUUUCCUGAGCAGAACAGUGCAGUGGGCAAGACAUUGUCCUAGUCCACUGGGGAGACAACUCUCUUCAGCCCGCACAAAUAAACCACUGCUGACUUUGUUCACUAAGAAACCAUGCCCUCUCUGUGAUGAAGCAAAAGAAGUGCUUGAGCCAUAUAAGAAAAGGUUUGUUUUGCAGGAGGUGGAUAUUACCCUUCCAGAGAACUCUUCAUGGUAUGAAAAAUACAAAUAUGACAUACCUGUUUUUCAUUUAAAUGGGAAGUUCCUGAUGAAGCAUCGAGUAGACAUUAAAAAGUUUGAGAACCAGCUAGCAAAGCUGGAGCUGCAAAAUGAUGGAAAGCAAUGAAGAAAACACAGCUGUCCUGUGUGGACUGGAAAAGAUUUUGCAACCUGAAGGUUGUGAGAUAGCAGUUAUUAUUGCAUAUGCAUUAUCAGGCCUUCUCUUUGAAUGCAUUAUUGCAUAUGCAUAAUCAGGCCUGCAUUAUCAGGCCUUUUAUUUGAACUUACAAUACUUUUUUCUUGAAAAAAUUGGUGACCUGUAUUCUAUUUCAUGUUAAUGCUCCCAUCCAGCUGCCGGAGCAGUGAUCUUUCCUGUAGUGUUCAUUUGCUGCUAUGCUGAAUUGUUUGGCUUUUAUUGACAGAAUAAAUACUGCUGCAUAGCCGCAGAUAAAAUGAAAUGAGCCUCCAGGUUGUUACCACCUGUAAGCUGUAGGUCUCUGUAUAAGAAGCCUCCUUGUAGAAGCUUAGCAAUGUAUCCUAAGUGUUCGCCUUGAAAUGGAGGGCAGUUCCUCUAAAUGAAAAGGACACUUGAUUAAAGACAGAACACUAACUGAGGCAGAGUUGUAGUUAAACAACAAUCUCAAUUUGAUACAGGUAUUACUUGUACUCGAGGACUGAAUGGAUUAUUUUUCUUUAAAUGGGAUGAACAUGUUGCACUUAAGCCUGUCGCAUCUCCUAUAGUGAACAGAGAGUUCUUCAGCACUUGAGUUAAUCCCUGCCACAAUUUGUGGGGAGUGAAGGAGUGAAGUGGAACUGAGUCACCAACAUGAGAACUAACCCUGUAACGGAAACAAGAUUUCUUACCUCCAAAUAUGACUUUCUAAUUUCGGAGUGCAAAAUGAAAGCAAGAAACCUGAAGAGUUUCAUCAAAAGUUUGCUGGCUUAAAAUAAUGCAACUUCCAUCUGAAAAUCCACCUMUGUUCUUAAAGAAGAUCAAAAUAAUUUUUAAAAGGGGGAUAUAUAAGGGAUGCGUGUGGCAUAAAUCUCUGCCCUUUCAAGUCUGGUCAGCAUAGUGUUUCUAAACACGUGAUGGGAGUAGUUCUUAGACCAAUGGUCURGAGUUCUCUGGUAGCUUAGCCUGGUCUGAGCCCUUUCUGACAARGAGUUUACACUGCAACACAACUGCAAAUCCACCUAGCAAUUUCAAGAACAGUCUUUAGUGAAGGGGUGCCGCAGUGCUUCGCUGGAGCGAUGUAGGGUGGGCAGACACAACACCAAUGCUAACCCUGCAGGAGAAGA